AAAAGCUCGGUUCUGUGAAAGACAGAAAUGAUGUCAGGCCAGUGCUGGCUAGUACCACGGACCUAUACAAUAGGUCCAUGCUGAUACCAGGGUAUACAUGCAAGUUUAUUUUAAGGAUAUCAAUUUAAGGGCAUUUAAAAGGGAAGUUCGGAACUAUUCUGUAAGCAUUUAUGAACUAGUUUCUCUGGAUAGAUGAUCAAUUAUUCGGCCUGAUGAAGCAAUUAGUUCUACUUCUCCUUCUCGGCUUCGCCGGUUUUUCAUCGGCCCAAGUUUUCGGAUUUGGUGGCUGUCCUGAGGUGCGUUUAGCCGAGGACUUCCAGCUUGACCGCUACCUGGGUCGUUGGUAUGAAAUCACAAAGUUCUACGCUUCCUUCGAGGCUGGUCUUUCGUGCGUGACGGCCGAGUAUCGACCAGGAGAUGAUGGUCAAAUCCUUGUCAUCAACACCGGACGAACGCGAGAUGGCGAGGCGACGAGCACCAUUCUGGGGGAAAUCCUACAACCUAACCCGGACGAAGGAGCAAAGCUGCAGGUCCAAUUCUUUAACAGACCUGGGCAAACAGGCGAGUACUGGGUUCUAGAUGUGGACUAUGACAGUUAUGCUCUGGUACACGGAUGCACAGAAAUCUUCUUUGGUUGGUUUAACUUCCAAAACAACUGGGUUCUCGCCCGUGAUCCGUUCCCGUCUGAAGACGUCAUCCAGAAUGCUUUGAGAAAGUUUGGAGAACAGGGCAUCAAUGUGGACAAGUUCAUCAGAGCCGAUCAAACGAACUGCGAGACAGAACCACCACGUCCAACAGAGAGGCCUGGUACUUAUAGACCACGCCCAUCCGAAGGCACUGACAGACCACGCCCCUCAGAGGGAACCGACAGGCCACGCCCAUCCGAAAAUCCUGACACUGAAAGACCACGUCCAUCAGAAGGCACUGACAGACCACGCCCCUCAGAGGGAACCGACAGGCCACGCCCAUCCGAAAAUCCUGACACUGAAAGACCACGUCCAUCAGAAGGCACUGACAGACCACGCCCCUCAGAGGGAACCGACAGACCACGCCCUACAGAGCCACCAGCAUCUGAAAGACCGCGCCUUUAAGAAUUGUAGUCGUUAACAUGCGACAUCCUACAUUGUAUGAUUCCUAGCACUAACGGACAAAGGUCAACAUGACCUGAACAAACUGACGAAAAUUAUCACAUUCUAUAAAUAAUGAUAGAUGAAGAAAAGAAACAAAAAAGGAUGAAAGAAAGAAACAAAAAAAUGAACGAUCACAAAUAUUUCAGUUUCAUUUUCUGUUUUAAAUUUUCCAUUUAUUUUCAAACAUUAUCACUUAUUCUAAUUUGUGUUACUCUUCCGUUGUUACCUUUGAUAUUUUGUAUAGCCUCCUUUUCCCUCCUUUUAAACUGUCUCCCGUCUCUCCUUUAUAUUAUAAUUUUGUAAUAUACGUACUGAAACUAAGUUACGGGGGCUUGCCUCUCAUACAAGCUUUGCUUUUCUUGGCAAGCCCCUCCGUUCUGUUUUAUAUAGUCAUUAUAGUCAAAGUUACUUUAGUUCGCAUUAGUUCUCAUUGUUUAUAACUUACUCCGAUUGAUGUUGUACUUCAAAUUUGACUAUGUAUUGUUUGAUUUUGUUGUGCUUUGUGAACGGAAAAUGAAUAAAUCUAAAUCUAAAAUCUAAAAACAUAAUUAUGGGCCCAUACCAUAAGUCUUAAACACGAGUUUCUAAAUGUAUCCAGAUCUGCUGUCGUGACUAGCUAGCUGAUCCCUGGAUUUAAACUUUCAAGGUUCGGUUAAUAAGAUUUGAAUCAUAAUUAUUUGAGAUUUGAAAAUUUAUCAUUCGGAUGAAAUUUGAAUCCAGAGUCCAACCAGUAUAAAACGUGUCCGGUCUGGAUUUAGCUUAAAUACCUGUAAUUUAGAGACAUUAAUUAUUGACAGAAGGUACAGCGUUUAAUGUCACCGUUUGUUAUUUUUUUCGACGAAGGGAACCGGUUUUCCUUGAAAAAAAUACUUCACUUUUGUUGAGUGCACGUGUCGAUAGUAUGAGAUUGUAUUAAUUUGCUUUGAAGCUUCAUAAAUAAGUAUGAAUUAAAGAAACAACUUGGUCAAAUUGAAA